AUGGGAUUGGAGGAUACCGAAGUUAUAGUGGGAAAUCUACAAGACGAAACACCUUUAUUCGAUCACUUUACCACCGCAGAGCAACGUGAAACUGCGGAAACACUGGCUGAUAUAUAUUCGCUUAUAAUCGCGUUGGAUCAUGUCGAAAAGGCUUAUCUCAGAGACAGCCUUUCAGGUGAAGACUAUACAGUGAUCGCCAACAAGCUAUUGGCACAGUACAAGGUAUACCUCUCAAAUGAACAGGUUGCAAAGGAAUUUGGGGAUUUACAGGACUUUAAAGAAAAAUACAGCAUCAAUGCCUCCAAUGCUAUAACAAGAAUCGAGCGUGGAAUUCCUGUUACAGUGGAGCACGCGAUCCAAAGCGGAGACAACAAGGACCCAGCAUCUGUCGGUAACUCCAAAUUCGGGGGGAAAGCGGUGGCAGAAGCAACCGGUAACUUUAUUACGACAAUGGACGCUCUGAAACUGAAUUAUCGCGCCAAGGAUCAGCUCCAUCCUCUAAUGUCUGCAUUGCUGCUAAGCAUCAAUAGAGUAAGCUCGCAGGAUUUCGAGCAGCGAAAAAACUUGGUUCAAUGGAUUGUGAAAAUUAACAAAAUGAAGGCCAGUGAAAAAAUGUCCGAAGAAGACGCCCGCGAACUGCUUUUUAGUCUUGACGCGGCCUACAAAAGUUUUUACACGCUUCUAGAGUAG